AUGCCGCCACCGCGCUCAUCCAACAAGGAAAACUCCCCACCUGCGAAGAGACCCAAGAAGACAGUACUGUCGGCAGCAGCCUCAAGAGCUCGCAACGCGCCUUUGACUGGAGCACUGUCGGCAUCACCGUCCCAACUACCUGAACCGCCACCAGGACACCAGACAGCGCGGACUCGAUCAUCAACAACGAAAGCAAAACGACCCCCUGCGUUUACGGUAUUCACCAACAACACCGGAGCGACAGAGCAGAUACUUGACGACGCGGAUCCCACAACUAGCAUCAUUGACGAAUGCACAGUACCUGACAUCGUUGACCGAUGCUCCCUAACAGAUAACGACCUGUUCAGUGAGCUAACCGCCGACGAAAUCCGCAGUUUGGUAGAACGAUUGUUGCCAGACCUCCAAGAAGAUGGAGUUCAAGAGUUCCUUGCGACCGUCUAUGACCACGCAUGCACAUCGCCGCCUUUCGUUAUACCCCGCCGAGAGCGAGAUCCGUCCACCUGGCCGCUUACGUAUCCGGACAUGGACUUCGCAUGGGGACAGGCAGUGGAAGGCGAACAUGCUAUUGAGCUCCCGGACACAAUGGACAAUUGGAUUGACAUGAGCGAGAGCAAUUUGGUUAAACCUACUGGAAGCCUCCGCGAUACCCUUCUCAUUGUCAGCUCAUACCCCACUGCCAAGGAGGAUAGCACAGUUCAUCGAUCGUAUGGUACCACCCUAGACAUUUCAAACGAGUCCAUGUUUAUGCUCUACGCCAAGCUUGGCCACAAUGUAUCCUCGAUCAGAAACCACGGCGCCCUCCACUUGGACGUGUUCCCCAGGCGAGUUGACCGCAACAUUGCACUCGGUCUCGGGAAUAUCGUCGACCAGGUUCCGACCAAUCUCGGCAUGUAUUGGAGACUCGUGGUUCGUCAGCUCAUUGAGUCAUCGCAUUCCAAACUGGCUCUCCUCGUCGGGUCCGCAGGUGUUGCCACGUACGUCGACUAUCUCAAACAAAACAACAUCCGCUAUCAAAUAUUUGGCUAUCGAACAAAAGCGUGCAAGGCUACUAGAAAGAGAAUCAUCAUGGAGUAG